GAUGCACGGGCUAUUAAUUGACAUAUAAUUACUCAAUAUUUUGAAUAAGGAAAAAUAUUACAAGAGGUUUUCUCGCUCUAGCCAUGUCGCGGAGACGAGGUAGACCAAAGAAGAAGACGACGGCGACGCCUAAUCAAACACCUUCGGGAGUGACGAAUCUGACCACGACUCCGACUGAUCAAAACAUAGGGACUGAAGUUCCAAACCACCAGAGCUCUGGUAAUGUUGAUGGGGGAUCUGGCGAAGAAAAGGAGACUGCUGAAGAAAGGGUGAAACUAGAUCCAAUUCCUUCCUAUGCUGAGAUAGUGGCUGGAAUUGCAGAUCAGGAUACAUCUCUGAAGUAUAUCCCUGCGAUUGAGGUAAAUGGGAAUUUAGUUGCUCAAAUCACUCCAGAUGAUGUUAUUGAUUCAUCGGAUAUAUGGAAAACAAUGAUUGUGUGUUGCAUUCUGGGGGCCAACCCACCCAUAGAAGUGGUUAAAGGAUAUGUUAAUCGUAUAUGGAAAGAUUUCCCUAUUGAUGCUGUGGAUGUGCUUAAGGAUGGACAAUAUAUUGUAACCUUCAAUAGAGAGGAUGAUAUGAAGGAAGUAACCAAAAGGAGAUACUAUUACUUUGACAAUAAACCAGUCUUUGUCCAGCAAUGGAAACCAGGAAAGAAGAUCAAUGUUGAGGAUUUAACUGAUGUCCCAAUCUGGGUGCAAUUUCCUGACCUGGAUGUCAAAUAUUGGAGUCUCUCGGGUCUAAGCAAGCUGGGUAGUCUCAUUGGGAAGCCCAUAAAGAGAGACAAAGCAACUGCUAGGAAAACCAAGUAUGCUUAUGCCAGGAUUCAAAUUGAGGUUCGAGUCCACCAGGACUUCCCUAAGGAAGUUGUGUUUAUAAACGAAGAAGGGAGAGCUAUAACACAACGAAUUGACUAUGAAUGGUAUCCCUGUAUUUGUGACCACUGUAAGAAGCUGGGGCAUCUGCAAGAGACAUGUAGGAAAAAGGAAAUGAAAAAGCAAGCAGAUAAUCCAAGAAGAAUGGUAUGGAGGCCAAAGAAACUAAAGGGAACUGAAGAUGAAGAAGAAUUGAAGGAUGACCAUAAGGAGGGUAUCCAAGAAGAGGGCAAACAUGAAGAGGAACCUAUUCCAACAGAAAGUAAUCUGACAGAGGAAGGCUUUACUAAAGUCAGUGGAAAGAAAGCAGCCAGGAGGAUUGUAUUAGAAGAUGACGGUGACCUGCUGAGUAGUCUUCAAAAAGCUAUAGAGAAGGCCCAUUACGAAGGAAGAUUUGGUGAAGUUAAAGAGUUCUAUGUAACCUUUGUGUAUGGACACAAUGAGGCUGCUAAAAGAUGUAACCUGUGGAAUGAUCUUAUGGGUAUAGCAUCUUUUUGUGAUAAACCAUGGUGUGUCCUAGGAGAUUUUAACAGCAUUUUGGGUAUGGGGGACAGAAUUGGUGGCAACCCAGUCUCACUGGAAGAGACCAAAGACUUUAAACAAUGCAUCCAAACCUGUGGGUUGGAGGAAGUCCCAAGUGAGGGUGCUAAAUACACUUGGUCUAAUAGGCAAGGUCCAGGAAAGAGGAUAUUUUCAAAAAUAGAUUGGGUGUUUGCAAAUGUAGAAUGGUUCAACACUUUUGAUGUUAAGAAUGUCUGGACCCAGAAGAUGGAGGGCAGAUUUAUGUUUCAACUAUACAACAAGUUGAAAAUGCUAAAACCUUUAUUGAGGGGACUGAAUAAGAGCAAAUUUGGCCAUAUUUACCAACAAUGUAAUCUGCUGAGAGAAGAGCUAAGCCAAGUACAAGAGGCACUCAGAUCUGGCCUUAAUCAUUUCAAACAAAUCACAGGUUUGCAGCUCAAUUAUGAUAAGUCCCAGGUGUAUGUGGGUGGGGUCUCUGAUACUAUACUGGAAAGUAUCCUGCAUAAGACAAAUAUGGCCUUAGGAUCCUUCCCAUUCAGAUAUUUGGGAGCUCCUAUCUCAGAUUCUCGCAUUAGUGAGAAAGAAUGUGAUAAACUGGUUGAAAAAAUGACCCUGAAAAUAACUUCUUGGGCUACUAAGCAUCUCUCUUAUGCAGGGAGAACUAAGCUGAUCAACUCAGUCCUCUAUGGUAUUGCUGAUAUCUGGAGUAGGAUCUUUGUACUGCCAAACUCAGUCAUGAGAAAGGUAAUGGCGUUGUGCAGAAAUUUCCUUUGGAGUUCUGGUCCAGUACACAGAAGAUGCCCCUUAAUCAAAUGGGAGGAAGUGUGCCUUCCCAAACAGGAGGGGGGGCUUGGGCUGAAAAAUCUGCUAUUCUGGAAUCAAGCUUGCUCAAUGAAACUCUUAUGGGAUAUUGCUAAUAAGGACUCACUAUGGGUUAGAUGGGUGCACAGCAAAUACCUCAAGCAAGGAACAAUCUGGGAAUGCAAUGUGAAGAAUGAUGACUGUUAUUACUGGAAAAAACUGAUCCAAAAUAGAAGGCUUUUUGUGGGGAUGAACACAGCUAAUGGCUACACUGUGAAGGAGGGCUAUAACUGGCUUAAAGGAAUCAGGGAGAAAGUGGACUGGGCAGAGGUGGUCUGGAGCAGAUGGUCAGUACCCAAGCAUCAGAUUAUUGCCUGGCUCAUUUGGAAAGGGAGGAUCCAAACAAAGGAUAGGCUUAGCAAAUUCCUACCUAUCGAUACCACGUGUGUGCUAUGUGAAAAAGAGAUGGAAUCUGCUGAUCACAUUUUCUGCUCUUGUACAUAUGCUAAAGCAAUUCAUGAGAAUAUGGCAAGUGUGCUUAAUGUUGAAAUGCAGGCUGAAUCCGUUAAGGAACUGGGGAAGAAGAUGGAGCUGGGAAGAGGCAGGAAACAGAAAUGGCGCAUGGCUGCAUACAUUACAGCAUCCACGUUCGGUUUCCUUUGCCCGGCCACCGCAAAUAUCACCGUCCGGAAGCCCAAAAAACUCGCCGUCGUAUUUGCGAAUGCCCAAUACCGGAAGCCCAAAGCGCAGAGUGAAAUCACCAUCCCAACAGAUCCACCUCUUCCUGCGCCGCGGCAGAAGGUGAGGCGCCACACAAUCUCAGUUUUUGUUGGGGAUGAAAGCGGGAUGAUAAAUAGGAUUGCAGGAGUGUUUGCACGGAGAGGGUAUAACAUUGAGUCCCUUGCUGUUGGUCUGAACAAGGACAAGGCUCUAUUUACCAUAGUUGUGCUUGGAACUGAAACGGUGUUACAGAAUGUUGUGGAACAGCUCCGGAAGCUGGUCAACGUAUUGAAGGUUGAAGAUAUAUCGAAAGAGCCACAAGUUGAACGUGAACUGAUGCUAAUAAAAAUUGAUGCAGAUCCAAAAUUUCGUGCUGAGGUUAUGUGGUUGGUAGACAUCUUCAGGGCCAAAAUUGUGGAUAUUUCAGAUCACUCACUCACAAUUGAGGUAACUGGAGAUCCUGGAAAGAUGGUUGCUGUUCAUAGGAACUUGAGUAAAUUUGGCAUUAGGGAAAUUGCCAGGACAGGGAAGAUAGCAUUGAGACGAGAGAAGAUGGGGGAAUCCGCUCCUUUUUGGCGGUUUUCAGCCGCUUCAUAUCCUGACCUUGAGGAAGUUAUGCCCAUUGCCACCAUUUCAAGGAAAACAUUGGGUUCUCGUAAUGGACAUGCUGAAUCUUCAGUUGGGGGAGAUGUUUAUCCAGUAGAACCUCCAGUCAGUCAAGUUCUUGAUGCCCAUUGGGGUGUUCUCACUGAUGAUGAUAGUAGUGGGAUCCGUUCACACACAUUAUCAUUGCUCGUAAAUGAUGCUCCUGGAGUCCUCAGCAUAGUCACGGGUGUUUUCGCAAGACGCGGAUAUAAUAUCCAAAGUUUAGCUGUUGGGAAUGCUGAAGUCGAAGGGCUAUCACGCAUCACUACAGUUGUUCCGGGCACUGAUGAAUCAAUUGGCAAGUUGGUUCAGCAACUUUGUAAAUUGGUAGAUCUGCAUGAGGUAAAGGAUCUCACCCAGCUGCCAUUCGCUGAGCGAGAACUCAUGCUGAUUAAGGUUGCUGUAAAUGCUGCCGUGCGCCGCACUGUUCUUGACAUUGCCAGCAUUUUUAGAGCCAGAGCUGUUGAUGUGUCUGAUCAUACCAUCACUCUUGAGCUUACUGGAGAUUUGCAUAAGAUGGUUGCUCUGCAGAGGCUGUUGGAACCCUAUGGCAUUUGUGAGGUGGCACGGACUGGACGCGUUGCACUCGCUCGUGAAUCGGGGGUGGACUCGAAGUACCUUCGUGGAUACUCUUUCCCAUUUUAGAUGAGUCAAUUAGAAGGAGAGAUACAAACAUUCAUUUUCUUGUCAUUUUUUGAUUUUUUUUCCAAUAAAUAACCCUUUUUCAACCCAAUUAUCAAUCUACUCUUGAAACAUGUUUCAUUUUCACAUUAUUUUAGAACGAAUGAAAUAGUAAUUAAUCC